AUGCGCUCCUCCACCAUCUUCACAACGGCACUGGCUGCCAUCACCGCUUCAGCGUCUGCCGUCAUCGACCUCAAGCCCAACAACUUCGACACCCUCAUCACCAACUCUGGCAAGCCGGCCCUCGUCGAAUUCUUUGCUCCGUGGUGUGGCCACUGCAAGACUCUUGCUCCCGUCUACGAAGAGCUCGCCACAUCCUUCGAGUUCGCCAAGGACAAGGUCACAAUCGCAAAGGUCGACGCCGAUGCCGAGAAAGAGCUGGGCAAGAAGUAUGGCAUCCAAGGUUUCCCGACAUUGAAGUGGUUCCCUGGCGAUGGAGGCAAGUCGGAACCUGAGGACUACAAGAGUGGACGAGAUCUCGAGAGCUUGACUGCUUUCAUUACCGAGAAGACGGGUGUCAAGCCAAAGGCCGCCAAGAAGGCCGCCACCUCUGUGGUAUCAUUGACCGACUCGAACUUUGAUGAGGAGGUCAAAGACAAGGAUGUUAUUGUUGCUUUCACCGCACCAUGGUGUGGACACUGCAAGAGCCUCAAGCCCACCUGGGAAAAGGUCGCCACCGACUUCGCCUCCGAAGACGGCGUCACAAUCGCCAACAUCGACUGCGAAUCCCCCACCGCCAAAGCCACCGCCCAGCGAUUCGGCGUCAAGUCCUACCCCACCAUCAAGUUCUUCCCCAAGGGCGAUCUCAAGGGCGAAGACUACAGCAGCGGCCGCACCGAAGAAGCCCUCGUCACUUUCCUCAACGAGAAGGCUGGCACUUUCCGCGCUCCAGGUGGCACUCUCAACAACCUCGCCGGCGUCAUCCCAUCCCUCGACACUGUUCUUGCCACUCUCAAGGAUGGCGGUGACAAGGCUUAUGCAGAGCUGUACAAGCAGACUGGUACCUUGAAGGACAAGUACGCCGAGUACUACGCCAAGGUUGGCAAGAAGCUGCAGGAGAAUGCCGGAUAUGUUGAGAAGGAGCUUACAAGGCUGCAAAACAUGAUUGCCAGGGGCAACCUUGCGCCAGAGAAGCUUGAUGACUUGGUCAGCCGCAGCAACAUUUUGAAGAAGUUCAAGGGCGAGGAAGUGGAUGAUGACGUCAAGAGCGAGCUUUAA